AUCAGCUUCUCGCGGUAGCCGCAAGUCCCAUACCAUCAAUACCCUCGAGUCAUCGACCCAGAGCAUCGGGCUUCCCCAUUAUUCAAAGUCUAGACUCGCAUCGAGGGCAAGCCAAACGUAGAACCAACGCGAGCCAUCCAGUAGUUCGGGCAGCUGGGGCCCGCCGAUGCAUAGAGUUAGACGCUUGCUUGCGCUGGCUGUGUCUGUGUCCCUAGCAGGAGUAGCAGAACUCUAUUAUUGCUAGCCUGGCCUGGCUCCCGCAUGCCAGCUGACGAAAGCACAGCUGCUUCUUCGUUCUUGUUCCGACGGGAUAGGUCCUACCUCUGAGCAGCUUGAACUCGUCUGUACUGCUGCUGCGACACCAACGAUACCAUCCCAGGACGGCUCUUCCUUCGAUUCGGUCUCAUCGUACUGGAGUUCCUGGAGUGGCGAGGCGUCUUCACUUCUGCUUCACGACUGCAACCUCGAUCAGGUACCGUCCCGUCCCCUCCACCACGCCCGCCCAGGCCCGCACCUGCCCACAUCUGGAACCAGGAAAGGAAGGAGCGAUUGGAUCGAGUCGCGUCCGCCAUUGGAGCAGUUCUACCGCGACUUCGGACAGCAGCACAUCGCCGUCUCUUCUAUACCGUAACCACAACAGUACUUGGAGCAGUGCAGCACCUCGAGCCCUCUCCAAUACUGUUGCACAUACGAAUCCUGCCUGUCGAACUGCGAAGUCGCACCUUUGCAACAACCACCUCGAAAGCAGCCAUCUCCGCAUCUGUACCGCUACAGAGACCUUGCGAGCCUCGAGAAGCUGCAGAAAGGACAACUCUGUUCGUUGUCCGAAAGUCGGAGCAUGCAUGCAGAGGCGGUCACAAAACAAGAGCCAGAGAGUGAUUCACCGGGGCCGGAUGCGAGUACCACAGGCCCUUCAGCUUCGAAUGGUUCCAAACCAUCGACCAAUGGCAGCACAGUAGCUGAAACCAACGCUGCUGUGAAGCCCACCUUUCCACCACCCAAAACAGACAAGCCGCGGCCGCACGUAUGUCAAACAUGCACACGGUCGUUCGCCCGACUGGAGCAUCUGAAGCGACAUGAACGAUCACACACCAAAGAGAAACCAUUCGAAUGUCCGGAGUGCACGCGAUGUUUCGCCCGCCGAGAUCUGCUCCUGCGGCAUCAGCAGAAGCUUCAUAUGACCAAUGCGACUACGCGGCCACGAACGGGUAGGCGUGAGAGUGUGGCUGGUGCAAAUGGCAACGGCAGGGUGCGCAAGAACUCGGUGGCAAACAUCAAUGUGAGCGGACUCAAUGGUGCUGCCUCGAACCAGGUCAGACCUCGUGCAAACACGAUUAGCCAUGUUGAUUUAUCAUCACUUGGCUUGAUCGACGAUCAGGGUCAGGUUCAGCGUAUGAAUGUGCUGGGCAUCGGUAUGAACGACAGCAACUUCAUGGGUGGUCUGCCUGGUGUUGGGCAUUUCGAUUAUCGCGGCAUGUCGAGUGCUUUGGGACAUCAUGGUAACGUUCACGGCCUGCCGAAAUUGGACACUCAGCACAUGGGUCACUUGGAUGUGACGAAUGCGCUUCGAACUGCGCCCCCUCAGGCAAGCUUCGCCGGAUUCGACCUCGAUCAAUUAUUCCCACCGAACACGACAGUAAAUCCAGCCGCACUGCACUUUGGCUCAGCCGGUCAAAUCACUUCAAGCAAUGUGCCCUUUGGCCUGGAUCCUGGCAUCAACCAACAAGUUCCUGUGGACGAUGACUUUGGCUGGAUGCGAAACUGGGGGUUGCUGCAUGGCAACGACCACGAGAAUGCCGUCGACGAAUCCUCGCCUUCGCGGAUCAGCAGUGGUGAUAGCCCCAGUGACUUUCCUGAAAGCAUGACAAACAGUCAAGUCGGGAUGCCAAUGCAAAACAACUUUCAGUGGCAGCCACAAGACCUUUCUCUCCAUCAAACAUUAUCUCACUCAUCGACUGGACCCUUCCAGCUGGACGGACUUGGAAAUGGGUUGCCAUCUCUGGACCAGCAGCACGGCACAGUGUCUCCGGCAGGCUUGCAGGAUCCUACGCCCACCGGGGACGCAUACUUCCAACAAGCUAUGAUGCAGCAUCAAACCAAUGGCUCCGGACAGAUCAAUUCUUCGCAAGCUGACGUUGGACAGGCCCAUGGCGCGAAUUAUUUUGGCAAUCCAGUUUCUAACGUGGACUCUGAGAGCCCGAGCAUGUCUUCACCGUCCAUGACGAGCAGUACCAGCGCCCGACAAAGCUCGAUGACAUCGAUAUCUGCGGACUCGAUCACGGAGUCAACAAGACAGGCGCUUUUGAACAGCUUGUCGCAGCCAUCACUUCUCGUGGGUCACCACCAACGGAAGUACCCUCAGCCUGCCGUGAGCUCUCCGCUCUCUGCUGGCGCCGCCGGGAGGACAUCCACGCCCGAGGGCAUCAGCCUUCCAAGCCGUGCCGAUCUGCAGAGAUACAUCGAGGCUUUCAUGCAGUAUGCCCAUCCACAUCUUCCCAUCACCCAUUUUGCGACAGUGACUUUCAAUCCCGUGGACUUGGUCUCGCCGCAACAGGGAUCGCCAUCUGCAUCAGCGCCGUCGCCAUAUGUCACCGCGAAUGGUCCGCAGUGCCUCAUCCUGGGCAUGGCCGCCAUCGGUGCUCUUUACGAGUAUGAUCAUGUCGCAUCCAAGGGCCUAUUCGAAGCUGCGAAAAAGAUGAUCUCGCUUUACCUUGAGGACAGGCGCAAGGCAGACAUGGCUUCAGCAAUCAAUCGGGAGGCGUCUCAUAGCACAACACCCCUGUGGCUUGUACAAGCAAUGCUCCUCAAUGUUAUUUACGGACAUCACUGCGGAGAUCGUCUUGCUGCAGAGAUUUCCAGCAAUCACAUUGCAGCAUUGGUCAGUCUGGCCAGGAGCGCCAAUCUACAAACACUGGAUGCACCACAUUCGGCGAACGGCGAUACGGCAAUGAGCAACGGCGAUCAAGGUGAUCUACACGCGACCUGGAUCAAGUGGAAGAUCGCGGAAGAGCAGAAGCGAUGUUUCUUUGGCAUUUUCAUCCUCUCAAGUCUAUUGACGGUAGCUUACAAUCAGACUCCCUCCAUCAUGAACUCCGAAAUCUUGCUCGAUCUUCCUUGCGACGAAGAGCUCUACGAGGCACCCUCUGCGGAAGAGUGGCAUGCUCGAGGAGGCCUAGCGAGCGUGGAGGAGAACUCGCUCUCGUUUGCCGAUGCUUUGAGCAACCUCCUCACAGCGAACCAGAGAGUGCACAACUUCAACAAUGGCAACUUCGGUAAUGUUAGCAACAAUUUGCCGGUGUCCGAGAUCAAACCGAGCACGUUUGGCUGUCUGGUCUUGAUCAAUGCACUACACAACUAUAUCUGGGAAACGCGCAGCAGGCAUCGCGGACGGGAAUGGACAAUGCAAGAGACGGACGCUAUGAUAGCGAACAUCGAGCCUGCGUUGAAUGCCUGGAUGGCGGCAUGGAAAGCGAACGAACGACACACGCUCGAACGACCGAAUCCCUUCGGACUAGGCCCUCUCGCUGCAGACAGCAUACCACUCCUGGACUUGGCGUACGUUCGUCUUUAUGUCAAUCUUGGCAGGACUGCAGAAGCAUUCUGGUCGAGGGACUUCAACAAAAUGGCGGAAGAGCUAAAAGUGUUCAAUGAUUUCUCAGAUGGGACGUUGAGUGAUGCCAAAGCGCAAACGGACGCACGGAGGCAGUCUGUGAGCAGCUAUCCGGACCACCGGAGUCUUACACAGCGGCGGGUGUCACAAGCUAUGCCCAAUGAUCAGGCAUCAAGAAGAAGAGAGCUGCACCUGCGGAAAGCAGCGGCUUACGCAGCCGAUGCACUGACUGUUGCAUGUAACUUCAACCUCACGUACUCCGAUCCGCACGCCCACGAAUUGCCCAUCCAGGCAGCCAUCUGCUUCCUCGACUGUGCGCAUGUGCUUGCAGAAUGGUCGGCCACAGUGCAGGAGCGCACUGGUCAGUACAUUGGCGUUCUUGGGCGCGAUGUUAUCGAUUUCGGCGACGUCCCCGCAGUCAUGCUUCUGGCACCGGAGGAUAUGGAGAUGCUUCACAAGCUCGAACAGAUCUACAAGAGCAUGAAAGAUAAACACCACUACCAGGAGGACCUAUUGGCCAUGAACCCCAACGGCUCCCAAGCCAAUCUGCACAAUGGAGUUGACCUCGACCGAUGCGGGUAUGGGAGCAAGAUCAUGAGAGUGACAGCCAUGAUGUUGGAGAAGGCCGUCAUUUGGCCAAUCACUCAUGUCAUGGCAGCAGCUCUUGAGACCCAAGCUGGACAAAUGGACCGUCGAGCAUUAAGGUCAGUGGGCGAGCUACCGGAGACUCCGGCAUAGGGUAGCCGCAGCAAAGCAGCGUCUGUCCUCGGACGUCUCAUUUAUCACGAAGAUGUGGAUCGCGCAUCGACAACCGCUCGAGCUCACAAACGACUUUGAGCGCCAGAGAUCGAUGAUGGCGCGCGCGCGCGCGAAAAAGAGAUCGGGAGAGAGAAAAAGGGGAGAGAGAAAUCCGAGCAUGAGAAGACGUUCAUCAUGCUCACCAUGGCCCCCGAUGGAUGGGGACAUUGUACAGAAAUCAAAUGCAGCCGGGGGCGAACAUACUCUCCCGCCAGGGGACGUGCAAGUCCAUUACAACCAACAAGAGAAAAGUUAUUUGACGCAUUUUCGGGUAUCUGAGGAUCAACGCAUCGCUGUCGCUCCAUGAGUCCAUGUUUGCCACCUUAAUCAUCACGAUGUCCUUUGGAGAGGAUGUUUUCCAGUCGGCAGCCGCAUUAUGGAGUUGGGUGCAGUCGAGGACGGGAGUGAUGAUAUUGAUGAUGAUGAUGAUGAUGACGACCUUGCUGGCGGGUUGCAGGCAGGGAAGUAUUAUUGUAUGGUCCGAGGUACAGUAGCUCUGGAGGAUAUGAUUGGAAUCCAUUACCACAAUUACUGUGAAAGGGGAGCGGACCCUCGGGAGGACAGCGAAGGAAGCGGACGGGUCAGGAUUAUUAGUUGUUUGUCGAUAUGUCGAUCAAUGCUCGACCUGCGCAACGCGACUCUCGCAAUGGAAG